UCGUGGAUCAUCGCCCCGCACUUUGCGGACGUCGUUUUAUUGAGAUACAGGCACGUUUGUAGUUGAUAUUAAGACGGGAAAACAUUAAUUCCACUUUAAGGCGCUUGCUUGGUAUUAAAUUUAUGACUUAAUUUCAAAGAGUGGAAAGCUUAAAAAGACGUGCUGCUGUCUGUCCGGACCAUGUGAGCUACGAGGAUUUACAGCAAACUUAAUGGAUAUACGUUUUCACCUUACUAUGAUUCAGUUUUGGAGAGUCUGACGCAGCUAAAAUGCUGUGCUUUCACACAAGUAUGAUGGUUUUCCGAAUACUGGUUCUGAUUAUUUUGCAAGGCGUUUUGACGUCCCGCGUGAAAUCCGAGAGCGACCCCAAAAAUAUCCCGGACUCCAAGGUGAUGGGCUCCACGGGAUCCGAGGCUUCAGAGCCGUCUGAGACGUCAAGGUCCAGACAAAAGCGCUGCACCUGUUAUUCCUACACGGACAAAGAGUGCGUCUAUUACUGCCACCUGGACAUCAUCUGGAUUAAUACUCCUGAGCGCACUGUGCCUUAUGGUAUGUCUAACUACAGAGGACCAAAGAGAAGGAAACGUGAUGCUGCUGCAGCACCAGCGCCUGAAGGAGGCCGAACUCAGACACGUCGAUGUAUCUGUGCUGUGACAGAUGCAGACCCUGGGUGUCAACGCUUCUGUCUGUCCAGCCCACAUCAGACUCGACUAUCCAGGAGUCUCCACAGAGUCCCCUGUCUUGGAUGAUGCCACAACAAGCAUCCAUCUUCUGCUGUUCCUUCCUAGGUCAAUGGAUCUUUCCACUCCCCUUCAUCCACUUCCCUUUGACCUCCGUUUGGCUCCUUGACUCCCAGGUACAAACUGUGAAAAAGAAGAACUUCAGAGUUGCACAGUGCCAACAUUCCUCGACAUCAAAACUCUUGGAACAAGUUCCAUCAAGCCAACAGGCUUCAAGAAGUCAUCAGAAAAAUUUGAUGCAGACCUCUUGGGGCUAUUCCUACUUUUUGCUACCGUUUUGAGAGAACCCAAGAGAUUGUUUUCACUAUCAACGCAACAGCCUUGCUUAUGUCAAGCUUAACCAAACCAACUCUUUGGUUUUGGUUUAUUUGCUGUCAUCUCUAACUUUCAAAAUUUGCUUUGUCUAGACCAACAUAUAAGCUUAUAAAAGUAUAUGAAAUGGUUUGUUCCACAGAACAGGCCACAAAGCAAUAAAUGUCCAAAGAAAUCAAGGAAAGUAAAAACAGGAAAUAAUAGGGUGAGGGCUUGCCAUAGAAAUAGGGAAACAAAGGCUAGAAGUUGGAGCACAAAAGUACUGUACAUACUAUUUUAAUUUAAUCUUUUCCAGAUUAUUAAUCAUUGAUAGGAAAGGCACUGACAGCCCAAUUUAUGGGCUUACUAGUAAUGUAUCCUUACUUCCCGUCAGAACUGCUUUGAUUCUUUGCUGCAAAGAUUCCACAAAAUGUGCCUUACGUCAAGUAACAAGUCGGAGAUUAUUUUAGAUUUGUGACUCAGGUAGGGUGUGGCAUUUAAAUUUCACCCAGUUGGUACUAAGGAACCCAAACAGUGCCAGAAAUAUCCCCCAUCCUAUAACCACACCUACACUGAUCAGAACUGUUGAUGGCUGGAUAGACUCAUACUUUGCAGAUAUUUAAUCCAAACUCUGACCCUUUCAUCUAAAUGGUGCAUCAACAUUGCUACUUAUCUGACUCUACGAAACAAUAACAGUUUUGUAGUUUGUAACUGUUCAGUAUUAAGCAUGCGUGAAUGGUAACUUCAGUUUUCUGUUCUCUCAAUGGAAUGGUUUCUGAUGUGGUCUUCUGCUGCUGUAGUCCACAUACUACAAGUUUCGAAGAGUUUUACAUUCAAAGAUGGCAUUCCUUGUAUGUAGUUGUUAGUAAUUUGGGCAAUAAAGAUUGACACGAAGAGCUGCAUGAACUGUACUUAGUUGUGACUCGAAUAUAACCGUAAGACACUAAUCUAACAUUUCUUAAAAUCUGACGUGGUGAGCUGGUAUAGAAAAUGGUCUGAUGUGGUAAAUGGUACCUGGACUAGAGAUGGCAACAAGUUUGAGGUGAAGACUUGGCCGUAAAAUGCCAGACAAUCUCAGUUGAAUCAAGCAUGUUGAUUGAAAUGAGGAGGUCAGGCACCUGUCUUCCUCGUCUAUGUCUGUUUAUUAUCUUCUUUGAAUGGGUGGUACUGAAAUGAAUUUUGUUGUGCUUCUGUACAAAACCAAUACAAAGCAUUCUGAUUCUGAGUCUGAUGUUAGGGAUGUGCUGGAUAAAUAAGUCCAAAUCACAGAGGCUCAAUCUUUGGAUCUCACAAGACUUAAAGGCUCUGCUAAAAUGUGUUGGUACUAGAUAUCACGGUGCACCUUCAGCAUUCUUGUGGAGUUCAUCCUUUGAUGGAUCGGGGUAUUUUGAGCAACAAAAGUGGACCAAAAUACUAACAGACACAUGACUAUAAUGUUAAGCCUUAUAAGUGUUUAGUUUGUCUACAACUUUGGACAUGACAUGAAAUGCAACACCAACACUACCACAGAAAUUUUCUAUAGUUAAUUGGAAGGAGCAUCAGCCUUAAAGAAAAAUAAUGGAUUUGUGAAUGUUAAAUUCUUUAAAACUAAAGACAUUGGGAUUAACCCCAUGAUCACAAAAGAAUCCAGUUCAAUCCCCAAUAAUUUCAAGGAGUUAUUUUAUUAUUUUGUAAACUAUGUAUAGCAGGUAUAAUGUGUAUGCAUAACUUGUAUGUACAUUUCAGAUUGCUGUAUUCAUACUUACCAGUACAAUACAAUACUACGUAUACCGCAAUAAUGCUAAUUGAAUAAUGAUCAAUGAUUGUGAUUUGAAGAUUCCACUAAUUUGACUAGCCAAUUGAACAGUUAUCAUUGUUGGAACAGAUUGUGAGUUAAAGGUAAAUGAAUUAAAACACAUUGCUAGAAUCUUAUUUGUUUUUGUU